CGGAGCUCCCGAGGCGAGCGAGGGUGCCUUAAUGGCGGCCUCGAACGGUGCCGGCGUCUCCCCCUCGGCGCUUUCCCCAGCCACUGCCGGCCCUCCCGGGACAGGCGCCGCAGCCGCUUCGGCACGAAGCAAGAAGCGUCCCUCGAGCCCCGGCAACGGCAGCGCCGUUAAGAAAAGGCGGGUGGCCGCCCCGGGCGGAGCCGCUCCCGGACUCGGCUCUCAGAGUGCUGGUACAGAGACGGGGAGUGAGAAUAAAAUGGUGCCCACAGAUUCCAACAUGGGGCCAACAGAGACUUCUGUCAAACCAUUACCUUUCAAGGCACCUAGCUUCACCCACUCUGGUAUUGGAGGAGCUGCUGCUGGAAAGAAGAACAGAACCUGGAAGAACCUGAAACAAAUCCUUGUAUCAGAAAGGGCAUUGCCAUGGCAACUCAAUGAUCCUAGUUACUUCAGUAUUGAUGCUCCUCCUUCCUUUAAACCAGCCAAGAAAUACUCUGAUAUUUCAGGACUUCCUGCAAACUACACAGACCCGCAAAGCAAGCUGAGAUUCAGCACCAUUGAGGAGUUUGCCUACGUUCGGAUGCUCCCGUCGGACGUUGUUGCCGGCUACCUAACUCUCAGGAAAGCCACAGCUGCGGUGCCUUGAGAAAGACGAGGGAAGCUGAUGCUUGUUUGGAAGAACGGGUCGAAAGAACGAGACUUUUGACAGUCGAGGGCAACAGGGGGGCCCGUGGAAGAGAUUAAAGAUGGUAGAGUUAACAUAGGAAUGCCAAUGAUUGAUUUAACUUUGUUGUAAAUAUUUACUGGCUUCUGUGAAGCUUAACUUAUUGAACAAAAAGCCCUGGGCAUUCGGCAUUGCUGUAUUUGAGUAAUAGGGCUCAGAGGGAAGUCAAGAGGAGCCUGCAUGCAAAGGUUCUCAGACUUAUGUAAAGAAUUCUGCUCUGGAGUUAGCAGAGCUGUGUGCUUUAAAGUUUUCGUGUUUGUAAUGUAACAAAGUGUUUGACAAAAACGAGCGCUCUCCCUCUCAGAUUCCAGAUCUAGGUAACAAAACAAAGUGGAGCAACCUGAACUAUUAACAAUCAGACAAAGCCAUCCUUAGAUAUUACCUUCUGUCAUGAUCCUGGGCCAAGCGAGGCCUGCAGGCCCCAGGGAAGCCUGCUUAGGAGUUACUGGGAAAAGCCUACAUCUCCCAGGAUCCCCUCUGUCCCUCUGAUUGGGUAGCAAGCGGUUUGGAGGGAAACAGGCUCAGAGAAGGGUGGGGCCUGAGAAGAGAAUAUAUAGGCCCAGCCCUGGAAGGGGGUGUUCUUUCCCUGGAAGGCUGAGCUAGUGGUAGGCUGUGCCUGAAGAGCUUGAGCAGGGGAAAGCUCCCUCCCCUAAGGAAAGGGGUGAGUUCUGGUUAGGUGUUUAGGGACUGUAAGUUAAGACGCGUUAGGACUUAUGUUUAUUUUCCCUUCACCCUUUUAUUGUUUUCCGCACCUUGGUUGUUUAUAUUGCCCUGACUUUAAAAUAAAUCUUUUUGUUGUUGUUCC